GGCCACAGCACACAAUGCUCUGGGUAACUUUGAUGCUAGCGUCAAGUCUUGGCAAAGGGCACUCGGCAUGUUACCUGUCGAGAAAUUGAGCAUGGUGGAAGCCAGACAAAAAGAGCAGUAUGAAAGCGAACUGCGAAACACGCUUGCUAAGUCCAAGUCUGCAACUGCAGCAAGUAGGGAUACACAUCAGAUUCCUCGGAAUACGGCGCAAUGGGCCCGUGCAAGAGCCAUGGUACUAGAGCUGGAGAGAUGCGCACUACUGAGGCAGUGAACAGCAGCGCCUGGGUGAUUUUAGGGGCAGCAUCGGACAAUGGCAUGUCGAAAAUGAAGCAGCUAAAGAAGGUUCCAACUGCAACAGGAGUGAAGGUUGAAGGGAUCCCUGGUGCUCUGAUAGACCUAUCCAAUGCGAUGCUCGAGGAUCCCAGAAUUGUCCACAUCAACGAUAACAGUUUUCUGCAAGUUUACAGUGAACAAGCUUUGUUUGAAGCAGAAAUGGAUGGAGUUUGGUUAACAGGAAGCGCAAAGGAGGUCAUUGCUGAUGCUCCAGAACGGCAACGUAAAGAAGGCUGGGCUUCUGUUCGCGCGGCCAUCUCGACGACUGUCCGCAUGUGGAUUUUGCGUGGAUAUAUGGCGUUGGGUGGUCGGGACGAUGGGCCCGCCGCGAUUAAAGACUACUCACAAGCCCUCGAGGUGUUAGAGUGGGGAAGGCAAGCUUGGCGAGACGUGAAGAAAGAGGACAGAGGUAUCAUUUUUGACGACCAAUUUUUCCGCGGCGUCCGCUCCAUAUACUUGCAGGCACUUAUGACGGCAGAGCGGCAGGCUUCUGGUAAUGAUGCAGAGGAUUUGUUGAACACCAUCCUAGAAGAAGCACAAGAUAUGUUGCGCGACAUCAGCUCACCUGAAACUGCGUUGCCGGAGGGUAUUUAUGACCCUGGAUUCGUUUCAUCUUUCGUACUUUAUCCUAGAGGGCGCGCACUGUCAAUGGUCGGGUACUAUCACAACCACAUUGCUCGGCAGCUCGUGUUGCAGAAAAAUGCAUCUGCAUUCGAACAUUUUACGAAAGCUGCCUGUGCGUACUUCGAAGCUGGCCAGAUGUACCCCGAGGACGACGAAUUACAUGCAUGGUUUUUACAUUCUGGGCUGGUAGCGUCGAAACUCUGCGGUUGUCCGAUUAGCGAAGCGUUGCCCAUUUUCGAGAAGAUCCGACUAGCCAUCCCUAAAAUGAAGCCCAUCUGGGAGUAUUCUGGAUUGGCUCACACUGGAAGGGAUGGAGCAUUGCAAGAAGAUGUAAAAAACGAGGAGAGUCUUCGUAAAGCAUUGCAGGAAGGCAGGCUCACCCCAGACGACUUCAUUCUGCCAGAACCUCUACAGUUCUCACUCUAAGGUCGAUGCCGCUGAUGCUUGCUUGCUUGCUUGCUUGCUUUCGAGACUGGCUACAAUGUAUUUCAUGCUAUCCUUGUAGGUUAUAACUGGUGUAUAUGUAGAUCUCCUUCCCUGCGAUGAAUGUGAUGACAAUGGAGAGUCAGACUCACUA